GUGAUUGUGUGGUCACAGUAUCAAUCACGUAAGAUUUAACCGUAUGAAAAGUGAUAUAUUUCGCUCGAAUUUUCUUGAAUUGAUCAAUAAUCAUGUAGCUUUAGCCUAUAUUUGAGUGAGAUAUGUCAUUUUUCAUUCGAUAAAUCUUACGUGAUCGACAUCCAAUACAUAAUUUGUGGUGGCGUAUUCGAUGUUCGAUCCCGUCCAACUGAGAAUGUAAGAGCGCUUGGGUGUUGGCCCACUCUCGAUUCUCGUCAGUCGCCGUAAAACAAGAAACAAGCAUGAAACUGCCGGUGCGCAGGAAGCACUGAACACAACAACUGAUCCCUUUUUUUGUAAACAGGAUUUUCGGCUUUUAUUGGCACCGCAUGCCUCGUUCGAAGAAUCUUGAUUAAGAUGCCGAAGCCACAGUAUGAGCAGAAAUUUCGAAACACAUGGCUGCAUGAUCCUUUAUUCAAGGACUGGCUAAUUGCAGUAAAUUCGACAAACGGAGUUGUUGGAAAGUGCAAUGCCUGCAAUAGAAUCAUGACGAGUAGAUAUGCUACUCUCAAGGAUCAUGGAAAUUCCAAGUAUCACAAGAAAAAUCUGAAUAUUAUUCUGGGGCCGAAGGCUAAUCCGAAAAUACCAUUUGUCCGGCUAGAUACAUUGGACGCAACAAAAGAGGCCGAGGGAAAAUUAUGUCUAUUUAUCGCCGCUCAUACCUCUAUCAGGACGAUUGAUCACCUCAACGACAUUUACAAAAUCAGCUUUAGUGGCAUCAACUCGGCUGAUUAUCUACAACUACACCGAACAAAAUGUUCCAACAUAAUUAAAAACGUCAUUGGUCCUUAUUUCAUUGAGAAGUUAAGGGAAGAUAUCGGGUCGAGUUCCUAUAGUUUAAUUAUUGAUGAAUCAACCGACAUUUCCGUACAAAAAUAUCUGGGUAUCGUAAUAAUUUACUAUAGCGAAAAUGCAAACAAAAUCAUAUAUACUUUUCUCGAUCUUGUGCCUUUGAUCAGUUGUGAUGCGGAUUCAUUGGUUGAUUGCAUAAAAGCAACCUUGCGUAAAUUUAAGCUAAAUUUACAUAAAUUGAUGGGUCUUGGCACAGAUAAUGCUUUUGUGAUGAUUGGUGUUAACAAUGGCGUCUUCCAAAAACUUAAAUCUGAAGUCCCACAUUUAAUUUUAAUUAAAUGUUUAUGCCAUUCCUUGCAGCUCGGCGUGUCUGCCGCUACAAAGGAAUGUCUACCAAGAAAUUUGGAGUUCAUCAUACAAGAAACGUAUAACUGGUUCAGUCACUCGACGUUGAGGCAGGCGGCCUAUAAAGAAAUAUAUCAAACGUUGAAUGACAAUCAAAAUCCAUUAAAAAUCGUUCAAGCUUGCCAAACCAGGUGGCUUUCCAUAGAAUCUGCCGUAAGCAGAAUAUAUACUCAAUGGGAAUCGCUGAAGUGUCACUUCAACAUCAGUCGACAAAGGGACAAAUGCUAUAUGGCUGAAUUGCUGUACCAAAACUACAAUGACAACAUCAAUUAUGCAUAUUUGUGUUUCCUAAAGCCAAUACUUGUCGAGCUUCAAAUGGUAAACAAAUUAUUUGAAUCUAAUGACGUUGAUCCGACAAAACUUUUGAAGGAUCUUAAAUUAUUACUAGAUACUUUUGUGAAAAUAAUUGUACCUCCGGGGCGAAAAUUGAAUGUUUUCUCUGAUUCUAUAAAUAAUUAUGUCGAUCGCAGUUGCUAUCUAGGGUACUUGUUUGAAACAAAAGUGACGGAAAUGAAAAACAGCGGUUUUUCUAAAAAAGCUGAGAGAGAAUUGAGAGACAGGUGUAUCAACUUUUUGCUCAAACUGAUUGAGCAAAUACAAAUUCGUUUGCCCGACAAUUAUGAAGUCUUACAACACAUUUCAAGUAUAAGUGUCGAAGAAGCGCUAAAACGCAACAAACGAAAACUAACAGAUAUAUUGAUUGAGUUUAAAAAACCCGCUGAAUUUAUCGAUAUCAUUGAGCGACAAUGGCAAAAAAUACAACUUCUACAUUGGAAUGAGAUAAAAGAUACAAAAAAAUUUUGGUAUGAAGUAAAUCGCUAUACGGACGCAGGUGACAACAAACCAUUCAAAGAAUUGGCGAAUUUUGCUAUGGAGUUGUUAGUAUUACCUCAUUCCAACGCAGAAGUUGAACGUUUGUUUAGUGCCAUGAACAUCACCAAAACCAAAUUGCGCAACAAAAUGCAACUACCAAUGCUCACGGCCAUAUUGGCAAUCCGCAGCGGUUUAAAACGAGUAAACAAAUGUUGCAAAACAUUUGAUUUACCAAACGACGUCGUAAAAAAAAUAAAAACAAAUGAAUGCUACGUACCAAAUAACCCGACUGAUGAUGACAAUAUUGACUUUGAUUUCGACUUUUAAGUGAUUUUUGUUCAUUGUUCUUAAAAUAGUAAUAACUUUGAUUUUAAGCAUGACCUAUAUUUUUAGUCAAUAUGUGCAAAUUACAAAAAAGAGGUUUUUUUUUAUUUCAAGUUACUAUAGUUUUAAUAAAAAUACAAAAAAAGUAUUAAUCAAAAUGUGACAUAUAAUGCAUAUUACAAAUAUUUGUUCCUAUAUUGCGUUUAACUUGUUCGACAUGUUCAUAUAUGUGCGAGAUCGCAUCCAAAUUGUAUCCGACGGCCGAAUUGCUCGUUCUCGCGCCGCGACCAAGCCAGCAGCGGCGUGACAACGCGUGAACGGCAGCGGGAGAGAGCGUGAUCUCCGGUGUUUGCGCGAGCUUCUAGAGGAAUUCGGGAUCGCCGUUGUUGACUAAGCAUAAGCAAAGGAAGUCGAAUAACAGCCUCGACAACCGACGGAUUCCUCUAGAAGCAUUCCUCGCGCACAUUAUAAAUAGGUGGCUCAGUGCCAUUAAGGGCACUUGCUUCGAAACUGUACUCGCGUUCGGUGCGUCGCCAACGUUUUG